GAUGAAGUCUGCACGCAUUUUGAUUAUUUUUCCUUUGGUGUUUCUAAUAUUCCUUAAUAAAGUCUCAAACGGACAGGAUGACAUAUAUUUUCCAUUAGAUACUGAAAGGGCUGAAGGUGAGAAUUGUAGGCGAAGUGACGGAGUGGCGGGGACUUGCAGGAGAGUUGAAAAUUGCCAGCGAUCUGUUCGUCAUCUUCGGGACGAGGAUUUCUGCUCAUUUUCUGGACGUAUGGCAAUAUAUUGUUGCCCCAAUUCUGCGCCGAGAUUGGGUACAUCUGAGAUUCCCAUUACAUCUGUGGACGAGCUUUGCGAAGCAUUUUAUCCUAGACAGCAGCCACAUUACAAUAUCUUGAUAACUGGUGGAAGAAAAUCUUUAGCUAAUCAGCAUCCCUAUAUGGCUGCAAUCGGCUGGAGGGAUUUUGAUGGCGAAAUUCAGUGGAGAUGUGGAGGUAGCGUUGUUUCGCGUAAAUUUGUAUUAACUGCAGCACACUGCACCAUGGUAAGAAGAGCACGCCCUGACAUUGUUCGAACAGGAGAUCUGAAUUUACGCAUAACUGAGAAUAAUACGCACCCCGUAGACCAUGAUAUAAUUGGCAUUUACGUUCAUCCAGAAUAUCGUGCAAACUCAGUAUACCACGACAUAGCACUUUUGAAAAUAUCACCAAAUUUUGGGAUAUCACCGACGAAUCAACCAGCUUGCCUUUGGUCAUCAAAUAAUAUCCCAGUUAGCGAGCUUACGGCAUUGGGGUAUGGAACAACUGAAUACAGUGGUCCUGACGUGGAGAUAUUAUACGAAGUGGAAAUUCCCGUUUUAUCCAACCAAGCGUGUCGAAUAGAAUUACCGCCUAGUCGAUCUCUUCCUUUCGGAAUAAUAGAUGGACAAAUGUGUGCUCUGGAUCCGAAUGGUCAAAAGGACACUUGCCAGGGAGAUUCGGGAGGACCAUUACAAUUCUCAAAUAAUGUUGGUGGACGCAGGAGACCUACAAUAGUGGGAAUAACGUCGUUUGGCCAGUAUUGCGCUGGACCGUCUCCUGGAAUAUACACACGAGUAUCGGCAUAUUUGAAUUGGAUUGAGCCAAUAUUAUUAAGUGACCUAUAGUUUCCGGUAUAUUGAGUUCUAGAAGGUUUUUUUUAACUUAAUAGAAACGAAGUAUCUGUACCAAGAACAACUCAGUUAUGCUAUAUUCACUUAUAUUGAAGUGGCUGCCACUCGGUAAAUUGUGUUCAGUCUCUCAAAAUGUGAUUCAAUUAACAAAAUCCAAUUAAAGAUGUUAUGCCUUCCAGAUGUUGUUGCAGUUAUUUGCUACUUAGAGCUGUUCACUCGAUCUUAACAUAUGUAGUCAAACUAAUGAUGUAAAUGGCGCUGUAUGA